CCCCUUCUCCCUGUCUCCCUCAGGAGACCCUUGGGAUGGAGGGUUAGGCAUAGGAGCAGAGUCACGGUGGCCACGAGUCCACCAGGCCCUCUUCCUGUAAGAAGGAAUAGCAAGGCCGGAGCAAGCAGAGGCUGGCAGGUUGGGUCAGGUAAUCAGCCUGCCUUCCCUUGAGACAUGCUACUUGGCUCUGCCCAUUUGUUCAUCUAUAAAACAGGACUAAUAGCAAUGCCCAGGCCCCUUCUAUCAUGUGCUGUGGUGUAGCUUAAGAGAACUAAUAUAACAUAAGGUGUUUCUAAACUUCACUAUAAGCUAAAAAGGUAUAUUCUUAUUUUUUCACGGCAGUAUAGAUUGGGGCUUAAGCAUGUGGACAACAAAUCAGACUAUGGGGGUCAGAUAUUGGUUUGAGUUCUGGCUCUUACUCACUGUGUGAUCUCAGGUGAGUCCUUGUACCUCUCUGUUCCUCUGCAAAAUAUCAUCAACUAAUUCACUUGACACCCACGUAUCCAGGACCUACUAUGUCCCAGGUACUCUCUCGGGAAUGUGGCUGCCUCAGGGAAAUCAAAGACACGAACCUGCCCUCAAGGGCCUCAUAUUUGCAUGGGAAGAAGCAGAAGCAACCCGGAGCACAGCCAACACCCAGCUGGGCAUGCAGACCUUAACAGGGGGAUAGACCUGAGCAGGCUGAGAGUUAGCAGGACCCAGCCUGGCAGGGAACAUUGCAGGGGGGAGAGGAGGGCUGUUGUGAAGACCAGGCAGAUUGAUAUAAGAAAAGUACUCAGAGGAGUGCCCCCUGAGUGGCAGGAGUCACAGAAGCAUGAGCUCUCACCUUCACCAUCAGCCUUUAGGAGCCACAAGAAGGAAAGAGAAAGAGCAGGGGAGGCUGGGAAUGAGGGGUGAAGGAGGGGAAAGGCAGGAAGGGGUCAGGCAUGCCACACCGAGCACGUCACACUCCAGACCCUGCUACCUACACACCUAUAACUGGUAUACACUGGAGCAAGACAGAGGGACUGGGCCACAGCUACCUGUAUCAUCCAAACCCAGGCCUGGGGGUGCCUAUUAGGUUAACACCCCCUGCCCCGCCCCGCCACCACAAUUGGUUCCCAUAGGUUUCCCCUGCUGCAGGACCUGUUUUGGCUGUCCUGAUCAGGCAUGAACUGCCAACCUAGGCUUGUCCGAACAGAAAGGCCUGCAAGGAGGAGGGGGAUUUUCUCAUGACUUUGCAUGAGAAUCAUGGAUGGAGUCGAAUGGUGGGGAGGGCAGGUGGGGCUGUGGUUGAGGUCAGAAGCCAAAGUCCCCAGAGCAGCACAAAGCGCACCGUGCAUUUGAGCUGUUGCACGAUGUUGAGGGCAAGUACAGGUUACUAGCCUGGUGCAGUGCAAGGGAAGUGGCUGUGUGUGUUCAGAGGAGACAGGACAAUCUAGACACCAAGAUGGCCUUGAUCAGGCCUUGGACCACAGCUCCAAGAAAGCCCUGACUAGUACAGGGGGCCAGGGUGAAGAGAGAGGCAGGGGACGGGAAAGCUAAGAAGUGACCAGUAUUGCAGUCCACCCCUGUAUAGGAAAUGAGUGAGACGAGGCACAAAUCGAAUGACUUAAUAAAAACAAAUUGAAGGAACCAAGGCAAUGAGCAUUCAUCCCUCCAGGGAGCAGAGUCAGAUGGGACAAAUUAGUGGGGCUGCCAAGCACCCUCCCUCCUGGGCUCCUGGGCUCCACCCUGUUGUGCUGUGAGGAACAGUGCAGGCUAGGGAAGUGGGCUACCAAGGAGCAGGUGCCAGAACUCCCCGGCCCACCCUGGUGACCUGUGCCUGAGGCAGAGAGGAGCAGAGGAUCUAAAUCUAGCUCUAUGUCAGAGUGACCUGAGAAGUUUCCAAAAAACCCAUCUACACCAGGCCCUGGUAUAGGAAGCUGCCUGGUGUCGGACAUACCUCAGGUGGGUGGGGUUGUCACUCCAUGUUGGGGCUAUGCCAUGUGGGAAAAGUUGGGAGUUGGUUUGGGGUUGGGACACAAGGGAAGUUCUGGCCAAGUCCUGGAAAGUAAAAAGCGCAUUUCCAAGCCACGCCAUAAGGUCAUUUAUUUAUCAUCUCAAGGAGUGGGAGGCCUCCACAAACACCUAGGGACCAGCACAGGCUUGAGUCCCAAAGGGGAACUUACAGUCAUGGGUGGAUGCCACAGUCUGCUCAGAGUGCCACACACUUUGGAGCUUUAACGGCAGAAGUUUAUUAACUGUCUCACAGUUGUGGAGGCUAGAAACAGAAGAUUAAGAUGUAGACAGGGUCAGUUUGUCCUGAGGCCUCAUUCCCUGGCUUGCAGAUGGCCGUCUUCUCCCUGUGUGUUCAACUCUCUGUGUAUCAGUGUCCUAAUCACCUCUUCUGAAAAGGGAACUGGUCACAGUAAAUCAGGGCCCACUCUAAUGACCUCAUUCUAAUUUAACCCCUCUGUAAGGUCCUAUCUCCCUUAUAGUCAUUCUGAGUUCCUGAGGACUAGGACUUCUACAUUACGAAUUUUGUGAGAGUAUUCAGGAGCAAGUGCCUUGGUCAGAGAUGGCUCCUGCUGGCAUAGCCCUGAGGGCCACUGUCCUCUGCCUUGUGGCCUGGGUUGGCCUGGCUGCUGGAGACCGUGUGUACAUACACCCCUUCCAUCUCCUUGUCUACACCAAGAGCAGCUGUGAGCAGCUGGAGAAAUCUAAUGCAGAGACACUCAAAGAACCGACCUUCACACCCAUCCCAAUUCAGGCCAACACAGCCCAGGUGGAUGAGGAGGCCUUGCGCCAUCAACUGGUGCUGACCGUGGAGAAGCUGGAGGCUGAGGACAAGCAGAGGGCCACCAUGGUCGGGAUGCUGGCUAACUUCCUAGGCUUCCGCAUGUACAAGGCACUGAGUGACAUGUGGAACACCGCUGGUGGGGCUGGUGGGGCUGGUGGGACUGGCGUGCUCUCCCCAACGACUCUCUUUGGCACCCUGGCCUCUUUCUACCUGGGAGCAAUGGACCCCACAGCCCAUAGGCUCCAGGCACUCCUGGGUGUCCCAGGGGAGGAUGAGGACUGCACCUCCCGCCUGGAUGGGCACAAGGUCUUGUCUGCCCUGCAGGCCAUCCAGGGCUUGCUGGUGGCCCAGGGCAGGGCGGAUGGCCAGGCCCGGCUGCUGCUGUCCACAGUGGUGGGCCUGUUCACUGACCCGAGCCUGCGUCUGAAGCAAACAUUCAUUCAGAGCCUGGAUCUCUUCACCCCCAUUGUCCUCCCUCGCUCUGUAGACCUCUCCUCAGACCCAGAUCUUGCAGCUGCAGAAAUAGACAGGUUCAUGCAGGCUGUGACAGGGCAGAAGAUAAGCAGUGUGGUGGGAGUCCAAGCAGACAGCACCCUGCUCUUCAACACCUACGUUCACUUCCAAGGGAAAGUGAAGGGCUUCUUCCUGCUGGCCGAGCACCAGGAGUUCUGGGUGGACAACAGCACUUCAGUGUCUGUCCCCAUGCUCUCAGGCACGGGCAUAUUCCAGCACUGGAAUGACACCCAGAACAACUUCUCAGUGACUCGGGUGCCCUUGGGUGAGAGCGCCUGCCUUCUGCUGGUCCAGCCCCACUACGCAUCUGACCUGGAUAAGGUGGAGGCCCUCGCCUUCCAGCAUGACUUCUCCAGCUGGAUGAAGAACCUGUCUCCCCGGGCCAUCCACCUGACCAUGCCCCAGCUGCUGCUGCAAGGAUCUCACAACCUGCAGGAUCUGCUUGCCCAGGCCAAGCUGCCCACCCUGCUGGGUACCAAGGCGACCCUGGGCAAAAUCAGCGACACCAACCUCAGAGUGGGGAAGGUAAUGAACAGCAUUCUUUUUGAACUCAAAGCCGAUGAUGGAGACCAGCCCACAGAGUCUGCCCAGCAGCCCGACGGGCCCGAGGUCUUGGAGCUGACCCUGAGCAGCCCAUUCCUGUUUGCUGUGUACGAGCGCGACUCCAGUGCCAUACACUUCUUGGGCCGCGUGGCCAACCCACUGAGCAUGGUAUGAGGCUAGGGCUCCAGACGGAGGGCCCUGCAAGGCCUCUGCCCUUGGCCCCCAGGACAAAGGCCAACAACACACAGCAACCCUGGGCAAAAUCAACGAUUUGUCCAGUCCCUGCCUUUUCUUCUGACAGUCAACUCUAAGUUGGAAAGCAGCUUCUCUCCUUGGCAAAGCAGUGUCAUGCAGAGUGAGCGGGAGAAGUCCAACCUCACAAACAGGCCUCCCAGGUUGCUGGAUUUAUUUUGGAGGCCUGGGGGUGGGGAACCAAGAGCUGGCAUUUAGCACAGGACUAUUUUCCCAGAAAGAAAUUAGACAGACCAACUAGUUUGUGAAACCAAAAACUGUUCCUGUUUUAGGUGAGAAGAGAAAUAGGCUUUUCAAAUUCAAAGGCUUUUCAUUGCCUUGGUUUAUACUUAGCUUAACGAAUGUGAGACUAUGAUCUUCAUGCAGUUUCCACACUAGAUUAGUGUUUUCUUCCAUAGAUAUUUGUGAAUUUUGAACAAUUAAUUACGAAAAACACAAACAUCUGGAUUUGUUAGAAUGUGAAACCGUGGCUGGUUGGCCCGCACUUGUGUUAGUAAUAAAUGUCUUGCAACAAUAAACCAAAAAAUUAUCUUUCAUUUAGCAGUAGCAGAGACGCAUGCGAUCGAGCUGACAGGCCGUGUGUGAAGAGAAGCCAGGACUGGGGGGUGGAGUUCCCGUGGCAGGCCUGGGCUGGCACUUUGUCUUUGGAGAAGUUUUAGGGAAUGGGUUUCUUUGGACAUGUCCAUUCAUAAGCAGUGGUGGCAAUCUGUGUGAUGGCCAGGCGACAGGAAGCAGGAGAGGGCAGGGACCUGGGAAGUUGGGCACUUCGUCCCCCCUCCCCCAGUGAUGCAGGGUGGGAUGGCUGCUCGUCCUGUGCCUGCAAAAUGGAAGGCAGAGAAGUAAAUCUUCCUGAAUAAAUAUUAGCAAAUUCUUUUC